AACUCAGUUGAGCCUUUGAUCCAUCAUUAAAUUCCUUUCUCUCUUGAUAUUCCCGAUUAUCGUUCUUCCAACUACGAAAAACUAACCUUCUCCAAAACAAAAGGGCUCAUAGCGACAGGGACAAACACCAACCAGAAAAAAAAAAAACAAGGAAGACGAGAAGGCCGAAAAACGAAGCAUUAAAGAUGCGGUUGAUCACGUUCCAAUCGACGGUAAUUCGGCCGCCGAAAGCGGCGACAUCCGCAUCCCAAGAAGAAGAAGAAGAAGGACGACGAGCGCAGACGAGGGACUUGUUAUCGAGAUUGAUGGGCGAGAUCGGGCUACGAUGGGCGUCACUGAUCCGCUCGAACCUGUCCAUAGUCGACCUCCUUGCGGACCCCAAGCUGCAGCCCAACAACAACAACACGGCCGAGGAUGGUCCCGGCCGGAAGCUUCUGUUGUACAUCCGCUCCUUGCCCGGCUCCCCCGAGACGCUCGCGACGGUCAGACACAGACUCCGGCUGCUCAACCCCGUCGGCGACCUCGACCUUCUCGAGCUCCGCGAACUGCCGGCUGACACGAAGUCGUUCCCUACCCUCGACGACCAUGGCGCACUCUAUCUCCCCUAUCCUUACGUCGUUCCUGGAGGUCGGUUUCAGGAGAUGUAUGCCUGGGAUUCGUUCUUUAUUGCGCUCGGAUUGUUGAGGGAUAACGAGACCCGUCUGGCACGGAACAUGCUCGACAAUUACAUCUACCAGAUUGAGCAUUACGGGACGAUUCUGAAUGGGAACCGGACGUACUAUCUGACGCGCUCCCAACUGCCGUUUCUGACGCCGCUGAUCAAGCGAGUCCUGCCGAGUGUGGGCCGGAGUGUGCGCCAAGCCUGGCUACGCAACGCACUCCGCGCCGCCGAGAAGUACCAUCGUUAUUGGACCUCCGGGGCCCAUCUCACUCCCGCCACCGGCCUCAGUCGCUUCUUCGACUUCGGCCCCCCCGGAAGCUCUCCCCCCGAAAUCAUCCACGAAAAUGACCCCUCUAACGGGGCCUCCGCUUAUCAUCGCGUCAAGAAAUUCUUCAGAGAUCAUUAUCCAAAUGGGAUCCCUGAUUAUGACAUAUCGGAAUAUUAUAACUAUGAGACCGAUGAAUUGACGGCGAAGUUUAUGGACAACGACCGAGCGAUGCGGGAGUCCGGGUUCGACACGUCGCGACGAUUUGGGCCGUUCAAUGCGAAGAUCCUGGACUUCAAUCCGGUCUGUUUGAAUUCGUUACUGUAUCUGAUGGAGAAGGAGAUGAGCGAACUGUAUGGAGAGUUGAAGCCGUGGAGACGGAUGAGUGAGACGGACUUGGUUCGACGGCGGAUGGAGUAUUUGCGACUUGCUAGGGAGCGUCGGGUGUUGAUACAGAGAUACAAUUGGGACGAGGAGCGAGGGCUUUACUUCGAUUAUGAUUAUGUGAGCCAGGCCCGUCGGGAGUAUGUUUUCGGGACGAGCUUCUUACCGUUAUGGACCGGUCUUGCGGAUCAAGAGCAAGCGAGACGGGUGGCGGAGAAGGGUCUGGAAGCGCUAGAGAUCCCUGGUGGAUUGUCGACUUCGGCAACCGUGGUGGGCGACCAAUGGGACAAGCCGUACGUCUGGGCCCCGCUCCAGCUCUUCGCCGUCGACGGCCUCCGCAGAUACGGUCUCCAUACCCCCGCCAAUAGACUCGCCGCUAACUUCGCCUCCAUGGUCCUCAAGUCUUGGAUCGUCUCCGGCCAGCUCUGGGAGAAGUAUGACGGCAUCAAACGCGACCAGUCUGUCGACCUCAAGUUCGGCUAUCCGACCAACGAACCCGGCUUCGGCUGGACUAACGCACUGUUCACCCACUUCUACGACCAACUGAAAGCCGUAGGAAAGCUCGACGACAUUCUCCGCCUCGACGGCCUCCCCAUUCCUCACAACCCACUCCAGACCCCGACCAUCACCGACCCGGAAGAUUGUCCUGAGCUGCUCGAUGAGAUCGAGGCCCGCGACUGGGUCCAAAUCGAUAGUCCCCUGUCUUCCUGAUCUCUUUCUCUCCCACCUUCUCCGUUGAUCAUCUCUUCCUUCUAUAAAGCUUCUCUUUUCUCUCUCUUUACUCUUUGUGAGAAAGACCAAACAGGAGACGGACACCCUGUUCGUGGGUCCCCUCGCUUGGGAAAAUCCUCCUCGUUGUUCUCUUGACUUGCGUCUCCAUCUUGGAUAAACCGUCUUGAUAGUUGUUGUACAAAAGGAAAUCACCCGUCUCAAGACGAUGCUUGGAUAAUAGUAGACCGGCUACAUGAAUCGGAGUUUUAUGUAAUCGGUUGUCAGUAAAUACGAUGAUUGUAUGAUGGUGUUGUAUGUAUAUCCUUUAUUUAUCAUUUGUGUUGUUGUUCUCUAUAUCUUUCUUUUUCUUUUUCAUGUGAUAUACCUCCUCUAUGCUAUAUCUAACUAAAAGUACAUACGUAAUAAUGUUGCACUUCAAUGAUAAUCUUGUGUUUUUCUUUUCAUGUAAAAAUCUCUAUUCGUGUAUAACGAGUUAACCACAUUUGUAAGAGCCGGGAAAAAGA